UGAUUCCUCCAAUCCAGAAACCCCAUGGAGCAGGAUGUGGAGAGCCCGGCCACUUUCAAACCGCACAAGUUGCCAAAGCAGGCCCGUGAGGACCCUCCGAAUAAGAUAGCAGAGAGGGACCGCAGUAGGAGGCUUCAGCGGUACGUCCAGAAAGACGGGAAGUGCAACGUCCAUCACGGGAAUGUGCGUGAGACGUACCGCUAUCUGACGGACCUUUUCACCACACUGGUAGAUCUGCAAUGGAUGCUCAACCUGUUCAUAUUCGUGUUGGUGUACACCGUGACGUGGCUCACCUUCGGGUUCGCGUGGUGGUUCAUUGCGUAUGUUCGGGGCGAUUUAGACCAUUUAUCAGACAUUGACAAAAAGUGGAUUCCAUGUGUGGAAAACCUCCAUUCGUUCGUCUCAGCUUUCCUGUUCUCCAUCGAGACAGAGACCACCAUCGGUUACGGGCACAGAGUCAUCACGGACAAAUGCCCCGAGGGGAUCCUUCUGCUUUUGAUCCAGUCGGUGCUGGGCUCCAUCGUGAACGCCUUCAUGGUGGGUUGCAUGUUUGUAAAGAUCUCCCAGCCCAAGAAGCGCGCUGAGACUUUAGUGUUUUCCACCAACGCCGUGAUCUCCAUGAGAGACGGACGGCUGUGCCUGAUGUUCAGAGUGGGAGAUCUCAGGAACUCGCACAUCGUGGAGGCUUCGAUCAGGGCCAAGCUCAUCAAGUCGAAGCAGACCAAGGAAGGGGAGUUCAUCCCUUUGAACCAGACGGACAUGAACGUGGGUUACAACACGGGCGACGACCGGCUCUUCCUGGUGUCUCCGCUCAUCAUCUGCCACGAGAUCAACCAGGGCAGCCCCUUCUGGGACGUCUCACGGAGCAACCUGCACACGGAAGAGCUGGAGAUCGUGGUGAUUCUGGAGGGGAUGGUGGAGGCCACAGGCAUGACGUGCCAGGCGAGGAGUUCCUACGUCAGCAGUGAGAUCAAGUGGGGCUACCGCUUCAUGCCAGUCCUGACGCUGGAGGACGGCUUCUACGAGGUGGACUACAACAGCUUCCACGACAUCUACGAGACCAACACGCCCAGCUGCAGCGCCAAAGACCUCUUUAGCGCUCGCAGCCGCCUCCCCUUCACCUGGUCGCUGGCCAGCAAGCUGAGCCAGCAGGGGCUUCAGAUGUCAGAGCAGGAGACCAAGAAGAACCCGGAGUACCAGGGGAAGAUCCUGCAGCCGGAGAGGAACGGAGACAUUGCCAACGUAGAGAACGAGUCCAAAGUGUGAGAGAAGUUGGAUGAGAUCAUCGUGUGUCUCUCCGGGAUGAGCUUGCAGAGGUUGAGAACGAGGACCAAUGAGCACAGCAGACCAACUACUUUUUUCUCAGUGAUUUCACAGUUAAAACCCCAAAAGCAACAACUAGACAUGUGGACUGAAACCCCUCUGUGGGGACAGUGCAUGAUUCAGAUAUAAUGUGAUGUCCUCCUGAUGAGAUUCCUCUUAUUUUUUCUAUUAAGAUAUUCCUAGGGGCAUUUGCAUAAGUAUUUUUGUAUAUACUAUAAAACUGUUUUGAAUUAUUUGUUGCGGUCUUAAUACUUGACAGAUGUUUGAUACUAAAUCUUUUAGGUUAGUUCUGUAUAUGCUCUGCCUUAUUCUCUGUAUUAUAAAGCGUUCAUUAUUUGUUUUGUUUUUAGAUAUAUAUUAGCAUGUAUGAGCAUUAUCCGCAGUUAAUUUAUCUUGUAUUGUGUAAACUGUAUUAUUAUAAGGGACACGUACAUUUCAAUGGAUGCAAACACUAGUUUAAACCAAUCUCAAAUACUUACUCUCAUGAUAAAUGUUUAAGUUAGUUCUGCUAAAUACUUUCCUUUAGAAGCCAUGACUUGCUGUUUGCAGCUGUGACUUCAGACAAUGGCCCUUUAAAACUGCAUCGCGUCACUUUUGCACAUUGGAGGCCUCUGAUGGAGAAAGUUAGUCGCUGUCAUUCUCCAGAAACCCCUCACCUGUCACCUAACAGUAUCAAAAGUAAAUAAACAAUAAAUUGCAAAAUA